GGCGGAGUUAUCCCUUGCCCAAACAACUAGCCAUGGCUCUUCUACGCGGCCCUCGUCAUCCGAGCAUUGUUGGGCCGCCUACUGUUUCUUCCAAUAUAUAUCAAGCAGGCCCGCCAAUAUCUGGGAGCUACAUCACCCCCGACCAAGUACCAUGGCUGAUUUGGAAUCCGCCCACGAGAAACCAGUUAUAUCGGACGAUGGCCGUAGCGAGCCUGACCGAACAGCAAUUGAACAAGAGACGAAGGAUAAUGUCGUCGACUGGGAUGGGCCAGACGAUCCCCAAAACCCGCGGAACUGGCCAGCAUGGAGACGAUUGACCCAAGUCGGCCUGGCCAGUGCUUUCCUGCUCACUGCAAACCUCGCCGCCACAAUGUUUGCACCUGGAGCUGCCGCGCUUGCUCAGGAGUUCCAUAUCACAAGUUCCACCGUGUCCAGUCUCACUGUUUCCAUUUACCUUUGCGGCUUCGCGCUUGGGCCCAUGUUCAUUGCGCCGCUAUCCGAACUGUACGGACGCCUUGUGGUGUACCACACCUGCAAUGUCAUUUACAUUGGUUUCGUCGUGGGAUGUGCGCUGGGUAAGAACACUGGCAUGUUUCUCGUCUUCCGAUUCCUUGCUGGGUGUGCUGCUUCGGGCCCAUUGACUGUUGGCGGAGGGACCGUUGCGGACGUGGUCCCGCCGGCCCAGCGUGGGAGGGCGAUGUCUGUAUUUUUCAUGGGGCCUCUUCUGGGACCAGUGUUGGGCCCAAUUGUUGGUGGUUUCGUUUCUGAAUCAAUUGGCUGGCGGUGGACGUUUUGGAUCAUCGUAAUCCUAGCAGGAGUAUUUUUUAUCAUGUCAAUCUUCUUACUGCAUGAGACCAAUGCCGCUGUACUGCUGGAAUGGAAGGCUGCGCGUCUGCGGAAAGAAACCGGCAACACUGCUCUCGUUUCAAAGAUGGAUCGAGGUCUGGCCCCUCGCGAGCUCUUCAUCCGCGCCAUUACUCGACCAACAAAGCUUCUCCUCCUCUCGCCCAUCGUGCUGCUCCUUUCCCUCCUGUGUGCGUUCGUCUUCGGCCUUCUCUUUCUGCUCUUCACCACCUUUCCCUCGGUCUUUGAGGAACAAUAUCACUUCUCCGCCGGAAUUUCAGGCCUGGCAUAUCUCGGCGUCGGAAUCGGAAUGGCCGUUUCUCUCGUAGUCUUCGCUACCGUGAGCGACAGGAUGCACAAGGCACUUGGGGAUUCGCCCAAACCCGAAGGACGCCUAAAGCCCAUGAUGUGGGUCAUGCCCACUGUGCCUGUCGGCAUCUUCUGGUAUGGCUGGGCAGCCGAGAAGCAGACGCAUUGGAUCGUGCCUAUCCUCGGCACCUUGUUCUUUGGAUUCGGGUUUCUCUGGGUUGCAAUGCCGAUACAGCUGUAUCUGUUGGAUGCCUUUGGCCCUGAGGCUGCUGCGUCUGCUUUGGCUGCGAAUGUGGUUCUUCGGCUUCUUUGCGCGGCUUUUAUUCCAUUGGCGGGGCCGUCCUUGUAUGCAGACCUGGGACUUGGGUGGGGGAAUAGCGUCCUGGGUUUUAUAGGCGUGGCUUUCCUUCCAGUGCCAUAUUUCUUCUAUGCUUACGGAGGGUGGCUUAGGGAGCGUUUUGCUGUGGAGCUAUGACAGUUGAUUUUGAGGCUGAGGUAUCUAAACCUACGCUGGAUAGUACAGGAUAUAGACCAUUAUUUUCAACCACGGAUGUCGUUAGCAUGUUGCACUCUGUAAGUAGUGACCAAAAGGUCAGUGAGAUUCUGAGUUAAACCAUGUAACCGAUUAACGAAUUAUAGAUUCUAGA